AUGCACACUAUCAACACACUCUCACUCAUUAUCCCUAUUAUACUCGCCAUAGCAUUCCUCACCCUCGUAGAACGAAAGACAUUAGGCUACAUGCAACUUCGCAAAGGACCCAACAUCGUAGGCCCCUUUGGCCUCCUCCAACCUUUUGCCGAUGCAAUAAAAUUGUUCACCAAAGAACCCCUCCAACCACUAACAUCAACUACCCUCCUAUUUAUUACUGCACCCGCACUAGCCCUCACCCUAGCCCUCACUACAUGAAUACCACUGCCAAUACCUUACCCCCUAAUCAACCUAAAUAUAGGAAUAAUAUUUAUUCUUGCUAUCUCAAGCCUAUCCGCCCACUCAAUCCUAUGAUCAGGAUGAGCUUCAAACUCAAAAUACGCCCUAAUCGGAGCCCUACGAGCAGUAGCCCAGACAAUCUCAUACGAAGUAACCCUAGUUAUCAUCCUUGUAGCAGUCCUACUCAUGAACGGGUCCUACACCCUAACAACCCUAAUCACCACCCAAGAAUUUAUGUGAUUAAUUAUUCCAUCAUGACCACUGGCCAUAAUAUGAUUCGUCUCAACCUUAGCAGAAACCAACCGAGCCCCGUUCGACCUAACAGAGGGUGAAUCAGAACUUGUAUCAGGAUUUAACGUCGAAUAUGCCGCAGGCUCCUUCGCCCUAUUCUUUAUAGCCGAGUAUAUUAAUAUUAUCAUAAUAAAUGCCCUCACCAUUACCAUCUUUCUAGGAACGUCCUACAAUACUUCCAUACCAGAAACCUUCACACUCAACUUUACCACUAAAACCCUGCUCCUAACAACCCUAUUCCUAUGAAUCCGAGCUUCAUACCCACGAUUCCGAUAUGACCAACUUAUACAUCUCCUAUGAAAAAAUUUCCUCCCACUAACACUAGCCCUAUGCAUAUGACACAUCUCAAUACCCAUCUUAUUAUCAGGCAUCCCCCCCCAAACCUA